AUGAAGUUCUCAAUCCUCGCACAAGCCAUUCUGGCACUUCCUGGUCUUGCCACAGCCAUCCCUGAGCCUGUUGACACGACUGAAGUAGAUAAGCGUGCGAACUGCAAGUUGACCCUCCAGUGGAAAUCCAACUGGUAUGAAAAUGCCCUUAGGCGAUACCGAGUGCAGCUCAUUACGAGCCCCCGGAAUGACGACCAUCUUGGCUUGUACUGCAACCAGUUCAAGGUCAAUGCUGUUCAGCUUGAGAAUGUGCAAUGCUUCUGGACAGAUGGGAUGAGUGAAGUUGUUAUUCCACUCUCGGCAGAACUCGGGGGUAUGAAGCCCUGCAUUGUCUUCCAUGUGUGGUAUUCUGUCCAAAUCAUCAAUACCCCAGCUGUUUGCUGUGAAUGCCGUGAAUUACUGUUCGACAACAUCGGACCACUUGUGAAUUCUCGGUCGCUUCAUAUUGCCUCAAUUGUCUUUUUAUUUUCGCUCAGCCUUAUUGCCAAGCUGCACAUGGAGUCACCGCUGAAGCCCCCACUUCACCCACUUCCCAAGAUUGGUUCAAUUUGCAGUGAUAAGCGCUUCGUGCAAAGGCGCAGUUUCAUGUGCAACACAAGACUAGUUCUAAUUGGUUAUCCCAAAUCCCAUCGGUAUGAGGCAACAUCAGCUCGCGACGUAGACACAGAUGAAAUCGAAUUAAAUUCUGCCAGAGAAUCAACUCGUAAAAGCAGAUACGUCCAUCAUGGAACCUUUUCUACCCAUGGGUGGGGUAUGGAACUUUUGUCGUCUUUCACGACUCUUGCUCUGUUCGCUGGGAUGAUUGCGAUAUUCUGCAGCAUGCGCAACAAGCCUUAUUCCGAGUGGCCCCUUUCAAUCUCUAUAAACACAACCAUCGCCAUUCUGUCGACAGCUUGCACGGCGACUAUGAUGCACAACGUGAGCGCCUUUAUCGGGCAGCUUAAAUGGCUUCACUUCAAACGAUCUUCGCGGAGCGUGUAUAACGUUGAGAGAUUCGACGAGGCCAGUCGAGGUCCACUUGGAGCUAUCCUUCUCAUCUUCAGAGUUCCAUGGAAUCUUGCAACAUUGGGAGCUACUAUAACGAUCCUCCGUCUUGGCUUCUCUCCACUUUCUCAGGCUGUGGUUAACCUAGAACGCAGGAUGGUUGAUGUUCCAAGUAACGACUCAACCUUUGGAUAUGCACACGCAUAUGAUAGAAACAUGACAACGGGUGCCCAGUCUGAGAUACCGCCGGAUACACAGAUGCAAUCCGCUAUUCUUCAAGGCCUUUAUGACAUAAGUUCCAUUCCAGUGUUUAACUGUGCCGGCGCCUGUCUCUGGAGAGACUCUUAUGUAUCCUUGGGCUUUAAGAGUACGUGCAAAAAUGUCACCAUGUCGGCGUUGGAAACAAAACAUUGUAUCAAACCAGAAGGAAGACCAGGAAUGCGGUUCGAUCGCAAUUGCAAUUUCACAACCCCGGGAAACAUCACCCUUACAACCCAGCAUGUAUUGACAGACUCCCAAACCACCUUUCGAAUCAACGCGACACGUAAUCACCUAGACAAUCCCAAUAAUAUCACCAGAUCGCUGGACGACAUUGUGAGAAUCGCAGUUUGGAGAUCAGGCUAUGAUACUAGCUUCAACGCCACUGAUAUCAAUAUCACGGAAUGUACCGUGGGGUUUACUGCCUAUGAGUACCCGAGGGCCGAAGCAAACGGUAGCACCUUUUCUUUCGGAAAGGUUGUUGAAAUGGAUAUUCGGCAAGCCAACUGGUCCUGGGGGGAUCCCAUGACCCAAACCCAUCUUGUGAGCAACAAAACCUCCAACCUACCUCCGUUCAAGAUAUCCAUCGUCGACAUCAAGGCCCUCCAAGCCUUUUUCGAGUCCACAACAUUUCAAUCGGAAUUUGUAAGCGGAAGUGCAAAGAACAAUAAUCCUGGACUUAGUGCCGCCCUAAAUGGGGACACGAAUCUCACGCGUGCUUUCGGUAACAUGGCACUGGGCAUGACCGACUAUCUCCGUUCAGGGCCAAAUGAGAAACUGGCUCGGGGAGUUCGAAGAGAAAGCGAGAUAUUCGUGUUUAUCCGAUGGUACUGGUUGAUUGGCCCUGCAGUGUUAGAGCUGGCCGCGUUGGUAUUUGCGGUCUGUACGAUAGUGUGCACUGCGAGGAAGCAUGAGGUGCCGCUUUGGAAGUCUUCGGCCCUUGUGCUGUUACAUUGUCGGCAUGACAUGAGUUCUGGUGUAAUUCAAGGAGAGUUUCAGGAUGUAACAGAGUUGGAGAAGACGGCGAAGACACUUUUCCCCGAUGCGCAACUUGAAACAUGA